AUGAAAGACAUCUUUGACAAUCGUUACUUUUAUAUCAAUAAAUUUCUUAUGUGUUGUAUCGGCCAAUGGCCAUUUUACAGUGCAAUACGUAAUCUUUUCAUUCAAUGUUUCAUAUUUUUAAAUCUUAUAAUAUUUUUCAUUAUUACCAUAGGUGGUGCUAUUAAAGAACAUGACUCUACCGAAAAAGUGAUGGAGGGCCUUCCAAUAAUUUUUACAGGAUUUAAUUCAUUAGUUUAUUUUAUUGUUUGUUCAUUUAAACGAAAUAUGUUGAGUCGACUUUUUAAUGAUUUCAAAUAUAAUGUGGAAUUUUGGUCGUCUAAAGAGGAACAAUUAAUUAUUUUUAAUCACGCCAAUAAUGGAAGGAUAUUAACUAUUUGUUUAAUUGGAAGCUUAUUUGUGACAGGAAUUUUGUUUUUUGGCACGUCAUUAACUUCACAAAUACUCGAUAUUAUUUUACCGCUUAAUGAAUCAAGACCAAAAAAAUUUCCGUUUCAAGUAUAUUAUUACGUUGAUUGUCCCGAGGAUUAUUUUUAUUUUAUUGUAAUUCAUUUUUCAUUUCUCGGACUUAUCGUAGUAUUUAUUGUCCUGAGCGCUGAAACAGUUUUCGCUGUUUUCACUGAGCACGCAUGCUCUUUAUUUAAAAUUGUCAGCUUACAGUUAAAGAAAAUUAAUAGCGUUAACAGUGAAAUUGAGAAUAUGAAAGCAUUGAUUUUUUGUAUAGAACAUCAUAAUCGAGCAUUUGAAUUUUGCAGAUCCAUUGAAUCCCUUUACAGUCCCUAUUUUUUGUUCAUGCUAGUAGCAUAUUCUGCAUUUAUCUCUGUUUCUUUAAUUGAGGUUGUUCUAAAUUUUAAUAGUUUUGAAAUUGCUUUGAGAUGUGGGGCAAAUCUUAUAGUAGGACUAUUUUUUAUAUUUUUAAAAAGUUUUUUGGUGCAAAGAUUUAUGGAUUACGGAACUGGUCUCGCAGAUACUAUAUACGAGAGUGAUUGGUAUGAAAUGUCAGUGAAAAUGAGGAAAAUUUUAUUAUUUAUUAUGAUAAGGAGCAGAACCCCCUGUAAAGUAACUGCUGGCAAACUGAAAGAUUUAUCUUUGACUAAUGUUUGUUCGUUACUUCAGGCCUCUUUUUCGUCAUUUACUCUGCUAAUGUCAGUGGCAACUUGAAAAAUAUGAUUAUGCAAUUAUUUUUUCAAAAAAAUGAAGGUUUUAUUUCUGCUUAUUUUUUAAAAAUAAUAAUUAAUUAUUAAUAAAAAAAUUUAUU